AAGAAAAGAAAUAGUAAAGGAAGAUAAAAAAAGAGAAAUAAAAAAGCAAAUAACACAAGUCAUAGCACUAGUUUCGGCCUCAAACCAGCAUUCAUUUCUGUGCUUCAACCAACAAUCUCUGACCCAUCUUCUUCCUCAUCUUUAUCGAAUUUACAGGAAGAAAAGAAAUGGAAGGAAUGGAGGCCAAAGCUUUGAGACCGAGUUUGAGAGGCGAGUUGGCUCAGUUUGAGCUUUUCGACGAAAUUUAUUGUAGUACUACUAAUAUUAACAACGGUGCCGGACUUUCGUGCGUUCCCAGCGAGGAUUUCUCCAUAGACGAGCUUCUUAACCUUCAGAAUGGCGAAUUUGAAGAUGGGUCUGUCGAAGAAGAGGAAGAAGAAGAAGAAAAAUACUCCCUUUGUGUUGAUGAAGAAAGUUUAAACGUCUCCGGUGGCUUUACCGGCGCCGGUGACUCUGAGUCUGCCCUCACCAGCGAACUCGCCGUUCUGGACGAUGAUUUAGCAGAACUGGAAUGGGUUUCUCAUUUCGUGGACGAUUCUUUCUCAGACUUUUCACUUCUACACCCAAUUGGAAAACAGAGAACCGAACUUCAUUCCGAGAACCGGUUCGAACAGCCGGAACCGACACGAACCGGAACGAGCCCGACGUGUUUUCCCUCAGUUCCGGUGAAAACCAGGACCAAACGAGCUCGACCCACCACUCAGUCGUGGUCACGCAGUAACUCACUGAGUCCACUCACCGAGUCUUCGACGUCGUCGUCUUCGUCGGUAGCUUCGUCGCCAUCGUCAGCCUCGUUCUCCUCAACCCCUUGUCUCAUAUUCACUAACACGGUUCAGGCCGUGGAGUUCUUACCAAGCUUGAGUGAACCGGCGAGUAAAAAACAAAAGAAGAAGCCAGCGGUUCAGACCGGAGCAGCUCCGGUUGGACCACAGUUUCAGCGUCGGUGCAGCCAUUGUCUGGUCCAGAAGACACCUCAGUGGCGAACCGGUCCGCUCGGGCCGAAAACGCUUUGUAACGCGUGUGGGGUCCGGUUCAAGUCAGGGCGGCUCUUUCCCGAGUAUAGACCGGCUUGUAGUCCGACCUUUUCAAGUGAGGUGCAUUCGAAUAGUCAUCGGAAAGUGUUAGAAAUGAGGAAAAAGAAGGAAGUGGUCGGACCCGGAUCCGGUUCCGGGUUGACCCACGUAAUUUCAAGUUUUUGAAAAAAAUAAUAAAAAUAAUUUUUUUUGGUAAGGGUAGUUUCGGGAUUUUAGGAGUCGUGAAAGUGAACUGGGUUAAACCGGUUGACUUGAACAAAUCUUUUUUUUUUUAUGGUGGUAGGGAGAUAAUUAGUUUUAUAUUUCUAGUUAAUUAUAGUAUUUUUUUUCUAAAUAGUUUUAUUGUAACAAUUAAUUUUUGCAGGGAAAUUUUUUAAAGGUUGUUUUUAGUUCAUUACAUAUUAUUGGUUAUAAAUAUAUAUUAUUAGUAAAAUACUAAAAUUAUAAAUGACUUGACUUGAA